UGGAGCCAGUGUCUGAUUCCCUACGUCAGAAGACGCUUAGCUGGCAAAGAUGUCCUCGUGUGCCCACUGAGGCCAGUGGAGCGCUUCUGUGACCUGCGUCCUGAUGAAGUGGCCGAUUUGUUUCAGGUGACCCAGAGAGUUGGGACAGUGGUGGAGAAGCAUUUCCAGGGGACUUCUCUCACCUUUUCCGUGCAGGAUGGUCCUGAAGCCGGACAGACUGUGAAGCACGUUCAUGUCCACAUUCUUCCCAGGAGGGCCGGAGACUUUCACAGGAAUGACAGCAUCUAUGAUGAGCUCCAGAAGCAUGACAAAGAGGAAGAGGACUCCCCAGCCUCUUGGAGAUCAGAAGAGGAGAUGGCAGCAGAAGCUGCAACGCUGAGGGUCUAUUUCCAGUGACACAGGCAUGAAAGUAACUCAAACAAACCCCAAGGCAUAAGGAAAUGGGCCUCGUUCUCUAGGACUCUGCGGCAUUGGAAAUGAAGCUAAGCAGACUUUAUUACAUCCUACAAUUCGGCAACCUUUUGCAAAGCAUUUUAUUGCACUUGUGGAAGCCAUUGGGGUUAUGUUUCAAUCAUUAUGACUGACAGGCUAACUUCAAAACAAUGGCAUCCACAACCCUGCCACACUUUUUCAGCUAUGUACUUAGAAUAGAACCUUUUCUAAA